CACGGUUUUCAGCUUUCCCCUCACGUCAGAGGCGAAGAAAUUCAUGUUUGCUCAACGGGGCGGCGGAGGUUCCCCGCUGCCCCGGGCUGUGGGGAGCGCCACGGGCCUCAAGACACGGGCUGAAGUGGUUGGCAACACAGGCCCGCCCCGCCAAGGGCCGCGGGGACAGGGGGAGGCCGGAGCGAGGCGCCGCUCGCGGGGCGCGGGGUCGGUCUCGGUCUCGGUCUCGGUCUCGGCGCUGCGGCUCCGGCGGGCUCACACGGGCCGCCCGCCCCGCCCCGCCCCGCCCCGCCCCGCCGGAUCCCGACUGCGGCGCCGGGGCUGCCUCCGCCCCGCGCCGGAUCGUCGCUGCCUGGAGCCCGUGAAAGAAGUUGAGAUCUGAGACUUCUCACAUUUUCAUUAGACGGAAUAGCUUCAUCAGAUCAAGAAGACUUUCAAGCGACGCAGCUUAGACAAGAAUUCUAUUUUCUUAACUCCAUCAAAGCCUCUGAGCUACCCAUUUUUAGGAAGAAGGAAGAACAGUCCCAAGCAAUGUCCAGCAGCCCACCCCCACCCUAUCCUGGGGGUCCCUCAGCACCUCUAAUAGAGGAGAAGAAUGGCCCACCCCCUACUUCAGGUGGAAUUGCCUCUGCUGUCAACCAGCCUCAAGGGACACACACACCACCUUCAGAUUUUGGGCCUCCCCCAUAUGAACCUCCACUCCAGCCUGGGUACAUCCCUCCUCACAUGCCCACAGAAGGCUCUGGGCCCUAUAUGUCCCAUGGUUAUUAUCCGCCACCGGGACCUCACCCUUCCAUGGGGUAUUACCCUGGUCCAGAGCACUACCCCUCUCCUGAUGGCCGCACCGCGACUGUUAUUGUACCAUCAGGGGCUGCUACCACCGUCACUGUGUUGCAAGGGGAAAUAUUUCAAGGUGCCCCUGUGCAGACAGUGUGUCCUCACUGCCAGCAGGCCAUUACUACCAAGAUCACGUAUGAAGUAGGGCUCAUGAACUUCCUCCUCGCCUUCUUCUGCUGCUUUGUUGGAUGUGAUGCGGGCUGCUGCUUUCUCCCGUGUCUGAUAGAUGACUUCAAGGACGUGACACACACCUGCCCCAACUGUAAAGCCUACAUCUACACAUACAAACGCAUGUGCUAACAGUGCCCCAGGCAGCCAGCAACAUUGUCACCUCCUCCCUGCUGCCGUACCGACCUAUGCGUGCAGAAUGCUCUAUUCUUUCCCCUUUUGUUGGUGUGUGUGUUUAGUUUCCCUCCAUUUGAAAGAGCUUUGAAUGCCUUUAGAGCUCCGGUGCUCUCACUGACCAUAGGAGCUGCAAGCCCCUGAGAGCUCAUAUGCCGGUAUGAGUGCACAGAGUAGCUAGGCUAGGCUGCACCACAGAGCGCUACGGCACAUGCCUUGCUGUUCCCAGCAGUCUCUCUCGUUCUCACCCUCGUGGCUAUUAUACAGCAAGUUGUAAGUAGGAUUGUGAAUGAGAGGCAUUGUACAGAAGACUUUCCUUCCCUUGUAUAUGCACCCCCCUGGUAGCCACACUCAGUGGUCUGCUCCUACCUCAUCCCUUGGGACCCUCCAGGAAAGUCACUGUUAGUAGCCUCCGUUAAAGGAGACCGUUAUUGUACAAGACAGGUAUCAUUUAACUGGCAGCACAUGCAGCUGCCAUUCUAAAAGGCUCUUGCCCAGUCACUGUCCUUCUGCCACAUGCAGAUAUCUCCUGUAUUUCCUAGCAUCUGUGAAGGUGCCGUGGGGUGUGCCCUCCUCCCUGAGGGGCUGGGAUCGUCUUUAUAUGCUCUGUUCUUGGUCUCUGUGAAAGCAGAGAUGUAAUUUGUUAAGAGUUACAGUUUUAUGCUUUUGAGAUCAUACGUGAAAGGCAAGGACACCUUUGUGUCUGUCUAUCCGUCCAUCCAUGGGUGGGGCCAAGUCUACCACAGGCAGCAUGAUGCCUCUGCAGGCAGCUUCUGUUGAAUACUUGUGGUCUGCUGCCCUGCCAGGCCUUGCUUGUAGGCUGUUUGCUGACUGGCUGUGAGGCAGGCAUGACUUGCUAAAGGCAAAAGUGCUGCCCUCCAUGGGCUAUGCAUGAAAGGGAAGGUUUUAUUUUAGAAACAGUGUUUGCUUAUUUUCUUUACAUCUGUUGCUGAGGAAAGCACAUUUCCUCCUCUAGAGCCUAAUCAGCUCUUUCCUUGCCCUGGGAGGAUGGGAAAAGCAGCAGGUCCACUUACAGAGGGCAGACAGGCCUGGUCAGAGAUGAGGCUUAUUUCUGGUGAAUAGCUUUUGAGUCUUGGAGCCUCUGAGCCCAUUGCUGCAGUGUCUCCUGAGGUUUCAGUCUUCCCUCCAGGGGUGUAGUGGCCCACAUGGUCAUGAAGGGACACAUGGGGCUGGCCCCAGCUGGUGCAUUACAGUGAGAACUAGCUAACCCUGUAUCUGCCAUGUUUUGGGCACAGGGAAAGAUAUAAGCCUUGCUUUGCCCCUUUUAAGGAUCAAACCCUCAGGCACUGUGGCAGAAGUCAGCAGGUACUGGAACUUCAUGCCUGCAAGUGUGGGCUGAGGAGACUUCCUUCUACCCCCACAGAUUUGUACUGCCUGGCUUUGGGAGGGAGCAGCAGCAGCAGGUCUGCUCAAGUCCUGCGUGAUCUAGAACAUAGGGAACAUUUGGCAUUGGGUAUUGCUGAAGGGCAGUGGGGAACCAUCAUGGGGGUUCUGUUUUCUCUGGAUCUCAGCAUUGGAGGCUAGAUGAACACCUUGCUGGGGUCGUUUCACCCCAGUACUCUUUCCUGCCAUGGCAGGGGGUCGGACUUGAUGAUCUACUCAGGUCCCUUCCAACCCUACCAACCAUGAAACUAUAAAGCAUUUCUUCCCCUUUCCUAUCUUGAGUCUAGUGGAGAAUAAAGGAUAAGGUGAGAAGUUCAGAGGAGGUGGGUUUUCGCAUGAUCCCAUUAACUCGGUGGUAUUUGGUAGGAUCAGGCUGUCAAAGACAUUACUGGAGAUUUAGCUGUCUACUGUGAGAUUUUUCCUUUACCUUUAUUCUUCCUCUGUAAACUUUUACCUUAAGUUCAGUGAUGUAGUCUUCAGCCAUUAGCCUUUGCCACCAAGAUCCCUGGUUUCAAAUCUGCAGCCAGUCAUGACUACAGUGGGUGUGAUGAUCUCAUUAGAUGUCUUUGUCUUGUCAAAUCUGUCCACCAGAUUGGCUGUCUUCAGUUAAGAGAACUGUAUUAUAGGAGUAAGGGAUGGGGAGAUGAGUGGACUCCUGAAGAGGCCUCACACUCCCAUCCCAUGAGAGAGCUUGAAUCUUCAUCAUGCUCUGCUCCAGCCAUUCCCAUGGACCCAGAACACGCCUAUUGAAUGUGUCAUGUAUUGCAAAGGAAUGUAUAUGGCUGGCUGCAUACACCAGGUCCCUGUCUUAGUUUUCCCCCUAUGCAUGUGGGUUUGUAUCUCUUACCUUGGGUUUUGUGUUCUAUUGACAUGUAACAUGGGGGGAAAUGGGGGUGGCUGCUUGUGAAUCACCCUCAACCCACCAUAUUUUACCUAGAGACUGAUGUGCCCUCACUUGCCACAAGAUGGCAGUGUGAUGCAGGUAGCAUGUAAUACCUCAGUGCAGCAAGCUAGAAGUUGGUGUUUGUUUUUUAAUUCAUUUUAUUUAAGCAUACUGUUGUUAAAUGGCCAUCAAGUUCUAACUGUAACUUACGUGACAUGAAUUUUCUGCCCUUUGAGCCAAAUUGGGUUUGUGGUAAAACUCUCUGGAGAACCACUGUCCAUGGCUGCAACAUAAUGGGAAGCAAAUGAGCACUAGUUACUCUUUGCUUGCUGUUCUGUGUGUGUGUAAGUGCUGGGAAGAGGGAAUGAAGAUUGAGGGAGAAAACCAGCUGGUGCUGUUGAGAAUGAGGAGCACAAGGUGCUUUAGGGAGUCUCAGCUGACUCCCCCUUUUUCAAUAGCUUCUAUUUCAUUUUAGUCCAGCUGAUGAAGUCCUUCCCUAUUAGUGCAUGGCAUCAAAAUACAAUGUGAACUUCUGCUCUGUGAUCAUUUAUAUCCCACUUGCUAAACUGGGUUGGAUGAAUGAAUGUGGGACUGUUGUCCCCCCUGGACCAGCUGAGACUUCUGGGUCAUGAAUUUUGAAACUGGCCACAGCAAGACCCUGGCUCUCAACUGUUAUAGUUAAAGUGUGAUCUGUAUAGAGUCAAAUAUCCAUUUGACACCAGUGGGCGAUGUUUAAUUCCUUGUGGAUUGAUUUUUCCAGAUGUUUUUCAGGGCUUUGUAUGGUGUCAGGAAUGAAUUAUUUUGCGCUCAGAAAAGCAAACUGUUAAUGCUUUUACAUAAUGUUUGUAUAUAAAUAAAAGACAGACCCUGAUCUCA